GACACUGACACUGACACGGAGCUUCACACUGACCGCUGCCUCUCAAACUGAAGACUGUACAAAAGAGAACGGGUUUAUGGUGGACUGUGGGAUCUUACCAUUAUGUGGAGACACAUCUCAUUCAGCGCUUUUUGGGGCAUGAUAAACCUGUAUUCAUCAACCCACGAGGACCUUUGUUGAUUUUACAAGAACCCCUUCGAACUGGGACGCCUGAGUGGGAUAAGCCAGCAGAGGGGGAUUUUGGGUGAAGGAAGAGAAGAAGGAUUAGGGGCUUAUCCCGGACAUGACCAAUCCUUAAGGAGCCUCCGUCAAGCUGUACUAUUGCCCAGAUUAUUACAUUUAAUUUAUUGCCUCUUAAAGACCCUUUAUCUCCCCUGGGAGAUUCCUGGUGAGUGGGCCGCUGGAUUUGAGUAUCUUUAAAAACAAAGGAUCAGGAGGAGAGGCCGGUGGAAGUGGAGGAGCAUGGGAAGAUACAUGCAGGGAUAAAGCAACAAGCCUCCCAUCCGCCUUACACUUCAGCAGGGUGCAGGUCAAGGGUCACUGAAUGAACUUGGAUUGGGAAAGCAUGCGAUCAAAUUGAUUACACAAAUCUGAUUAAGCAGCAGUCUCUCUGGACCUUACUAAAGAAGGAGCACAUGGUUUCAGUCCUAAACCACAAAGAUAUCUGCACCCCGAGCUGAAUUUAUUUCUGAACUGAUUUUUUUUUUUUUCAGAAGCACAAACCCAGAACAACUGUGAAGCCCAGAAUCUUUGACCACAUAUGCAGCAGAGGUUUUCAGGAAUUGGAGUCAUGCAUAUUUUCAGCUCACAUUUAUCUUCACAGAAUCUUUCUGGAUAUGAACAAAGACCGAUGGCCAAAAUGGGACAUAGAUGAAUGCGAAACUGGGCAAAAGAAACUUUCGACUCAACUGCGGUUGUUAUUCUGCCGAGAUAUUUUAAAGCUUGAAGGGUGAUAGGUGUAUAGUUUGCUUUCUUACAGUGUUUUCACCAUUUUAUAAAAAAAAGUGUGGAUAUUUUCUUUCUGACUGGAAAUUUACAGUUUAUACCCAGAGAAGCCAUGAACUUGGGCAAGCUCGCUGGCCUGAAGGGCCUUGUUUCCCACUCCUCAGGAAAGCGUCGAUUUAAAGGUGACCUCACCCCAGACAUGAUCAGCCCCCCAUUAGGUGACUUCCGCCACACCAUGCAUGUGGGCCGUGGAGGGGACGUGUUUGGGGACACCUCGUUCCUCAGCAACCAUGGUGGAGCAGGAAAUAAUGCAGAUGGAGACUCCUCCUCCACUUCAGAGAAGAAUGAGGGAUUCUUCUCCCGCACGCUUCGCCAUGUCCGCAAGACCCCCGACAGGCCCCGCGGCGGCUCCAAGGACCUUUCGCCACCACCUCCACCCAUUUCUCCAAUCAUUAAGAAUGCCGUUUCCCUCCCCCGGCUGGACGUGGACUCACCCAACGGCUGUCCUGUGAAAGUGCUUUUCCCUAGUCCACCCAAAACACCAGAGAGCUCCACAUACUUGUACGGUUUGGAGUCUGGCUUUGUAACCUUGCCGAGACUGUCCCGCACUGAGCGUCCAGCCCAGGGCAGUUCUCCCUCAGCCUGCCCACCUGAAAUCCAGAAAGGCUCGCUCACGGACAUGCUUCUCCCGUCCUUCCCAUGUUCUGACUCCAUCAGUCCUUCUGACUCCAUGAACUCCUUCACUCUUGAUCUGGGCCCUUCCCUCAUGUCUGAAGUCUUUGCCAUGAUUGACAGCCCUAUGUGUGAAAAAGCCGAUCCCAUGAGUGAAAAAACACAGUCCACUGAUGAUAACUCUGAGGUGGACUCGGACGCAACCACGUCCUUGGUGGACUCUCUCCUGAGAGAAGACGAUGACGGUAGGACACGGUUGUAUGGAGGAGAGUGGAAGCAUUCAGACUUUGUAAAUGGUGAGUCACCCAAAAAAUCCAUGAUGGGGGAUCAGAUGCGCUCCUUCUCCACUGAGGAUCAUGGUAUGGAGCCUGAGAGUUUCCAGAGGGCUGCUGAUGUGCUGGCACGUCAUUAUGGGAGUGGAGGACUCAGGAAUACAAACACCAACAACUCUCACAGAAGAGGACCAUACAGCUGUCCUGAUGAAGAAGAAGAAAUCAAAGUCUAACACUAUAGUCCAAAUCGUACGGCACCUUUAAAUGGGAAGUUCAGCCAAAAAAUAAAUGUUCGUUCAUAAACUCCUCACCCUCAUGUUGUUCCAAACCUUAUUCUUUGGCGAUAUAAUGAAAGGAGUUGCACAGAA